AUGGAAAUAAUAGAAACGGAGAAUGUAGUUGAAAUUGAACAAACUGAUUUGGAUGAAAAUGGUAAGAGAAACGAAGAAGAUAUGGAAUAUGCGGACAAUGAAGAUGAAAAUGACUUACUUGACCAACGCAAACGUUCUGCAGCAGCACAUAAUAGUAAUCGUCGUAUAAGAUCAUUAAGUCUUACAAAUCAGGAUGAAGAUGACGAAGAUAUUAAACGAUCAAUAAAACGAAUAUUUUCUGAGAACGACGAUGAUGACAACAAUCAAAAUGAAUUAUUGAUUGUGCCAAAUCAAACAAAGAAAAUUCUUCAAACAAUUGAAAAUAAUUUUUUAAAUAUGCAGAACAAAAUAACAACAGAAUUACAACAGAUUAAACAGAAAGUGUAUCGUGCAACAAGUUAUAGUGAUUCAAAAUUAGCUCAAUUUCAAACAGCAGCAACAUCAAACGAACAAUUUAAAAAUGAAGUUAUGCAUAAUGGACAGAAUUUAUUGGUAAUAACAUCGAGAAACAUUAGUGAUUAUGGUAGAAAAGUAUUACAACGUUUAUUCACUAAAGAUGAAAUUAUGAAAUCGAUACUACCACCUGGACAAAAGCAUAAUAUUCGUCAAGCAUUCGAUGAAAAUCGGUUCAACGUUUUACAUGAUGCCAUUCGUUCAAAAUAUCGAAUUAAGCAAAUUAAUUAUGAUGAAUGUUAUUAUUCAUUAGUUCGACCAACACUUGCUCAAUUCAUUGUCGACGAGCGACGACGAAUUGUUAAAACAGUAGUAUCAACAAACGUGUCACCACCUUCUCCACUACCAGCAGGACAACAACAACAACAACAGAUUCAGCAUAGCAAUGAACAACAAACAACGACGGAUGAUAAUGCUUAA